AUCGUCCUUUCAAGGCAUCCUUGUCUUUCCAUAAAGCUUCUCUAUCAGACGAUCAUGGCACCCAAGCUUCACGGAUCCUUAUUCUCCACUGCGACAUUGCGAGCCAUCGCUGCCCUCCAAGAGAAAGGCAUCGAAUUCGAGUUCGUAGCCAUUGACUUAAGAGCCGGAGAGCACAAGAAGGAACCCUUUCUCUCCUUCAAUCCAUUCGGUCAAGUUCCAGCCUUUGAAGAUGGAGACCUGAAGCUAUUCGAAUCGAGAGCAAUAACAGCUUAUGUUGCCAACGAGUACCAGGGGAAAGGGACUGAAUUGGCUUACCAUGACGCGAAGAAGAUGGCGACUGUAGGCGUGUGGGUGGAAGUGGAAGCUCACCAUUUUGACCCAAUUGCUUCGAAGUUGUUUUUUGAGAAAGUGGUGAAGCCCAUGUUUAUGGGUUUGGAACCAGAGUCGGUGGUUGUGGAGGAGAACCAGAAGAAGCUGGGUGAGGUUCUUGAUGUGUACGAGACUAGGCUAUCGAAAUCGAAGUACUUGGGUGGAGAUGAGUUCAGUUUGGCGGAUCUUCAUCACUUGCCGACGAUGCAGUACUUGAUGGGGACGUCGACCAAAGAGGUGUUUGAGGCUCGCCCGCUUGUGAGUUCAUGGGCUAAGGAUAUCAUGGCUAGGCCGGCUUGGAUCAAGACUCUUGCAAUGCAGAAGCAAGCUUAAAUAGUGGGUGUAUGUUGUUGCGAUUCACUGAGUUGGUGAGUUGUGAUGAGUUGAAACUUAAAAUAAAUGGAAUAAAAUAAAGAAGUAUAUGAAUUGAAAUCGAAAUUUUCAUUAUUAA